UUGGGGCACCAAUGAUCGAGGGGUCAACGAGGAAGAGAAAAAUGGGGGACAGAAAGGAGAAAAUUCCAAAGAAACCUGCGACAAAAUGGCCUCAAAUCAAACCCAAAAAGAAUCUUCAGACUACCCGCUUCCGAGAUAUCGAUCUCUUCACGGUCCAGAAUUUUUUUACCUCUGCUGAAUCAAAGGCAUUCAUUAAAACAGCUGAGGCAAUUGGUUUUGCUCAUCAAGGGAGUCUGGGUCCAGCUAAAGGUGAAGCUUACAGAGAUAAUGAUCGAAUCUCAGUGAAUGAUGCUGUCCUUGCAGAUGCAAUUUGGGAGUCUGGACUUAGCAAACUAUUCUCUGAUAUAAGAAUUCGAGGGAAGGCUGCUGUAGGUCUGAAUCCAAAUAUUAGAUUCUAUAGGUACAAGGUUGGUCAACGCUUUGGACGACAUAUUGAUGAAAGUGUUGAUCUUGGAGAUGGAAAACACACUUACUAUACUUUGCUAGUGUAUUUAAGUGGUGGUCCUGGUGAACUUAAAUCAAAGCCCAAAAAUGAUUCCAGCAACCCCACAGAUUCUUCUUUUGAUCCUUUAGUUGGAGGAGAAACAGUCUUCUAUGGUCCAAGAAAUAGCACUGUAGCUGAGGUGGCUCCUACUGAGGGGAUGGCACUCCUGCAUCUUCAUGGAGAUAAAUGCUUGUUGCAUGAAGCCAGAAAUGUCACUAAGGGUGUCAAAUAUGUGCUUCGUUCGGAUGUAGUGUUUGUUUGAAGAAUGGUUCAUGUAUUGUACCAAAUAAUCUGGUAUAUUCUUCUCCUGUAGGCUUUCUCUUCGUUAGUUAUCACUUAAAUUUUUUUGUAUUAUUUUGAUUUUCAAUGUUGGUAAUAUUUUCUGUAUAUGGAAACUUAUGCCACAUAUAAUUUAUUGUCAAAUGUGAACAAAAUAGGGAAAUCUAGGGAAAUACGAUACCAAACUUAUGGUUGAAUUCUAGAAGUAUAUACAGGGGAUCAAUUCAUGCUUGGAUCAAUACAUGCUGAGUCAUCAAAUCAGUUAUGGGAGAAUAUUCCCAAAUUUGUGAGUGGGAAUUGGUUAGUAAACGUGGUCAAGUUGUUACUGCUGAGCUGUUAGAAUAAAUAGGAGAUAGUAGGUGGAUGGAAGUAUCUUUUGGGAUUUGGAACCUUGGACACCUUAGGGUGAUUUGGGAGAGAUUUGGGGCUCUAGAAUUCCUCUAGAAUUAUCCUUUACUGUUUGUCUCUGUAAUGUGUCUUGCUCA